AGUCUCCCUGUGACGCGCGGGGUGGUGUGGGUGGUGUCAGGGCCAGGCAUGGCGGCGGGCAGGCGUGGAGCGAUUGCUGCUGCUCUUGCUGCUGCUCCUGCUGCCGCUGCUGCUGCUGCUCUUGCUGCUCCUCUUGCUGCUGAUGCUGCUGCUGCUCUUGCUGCUGCUCCAGCCGCUUUUUACGUUGUUGCUCCUGCUGCUGUUGCUGCUGCCGUCUAAUCGGCCGUGGUCACCACUGAAGCCCCGAUCCUUGCUGGACCCUCCCCCCCCCAUCACUUUAGUGGCGGCUUGCUUUGACUUCUAAGUCAGAGCGAGGCGACACAAAGUUCUGCACAAAGCCUCCUUGCCAAGAAACAGGGUCGCACCCGGCAGGAUGAUGCUGCGAGCGGACAAACGCGACGACAUGGAGGACGUCCUGGAGGAGCGGCGGGCGUCCAGCGACGUGCGCUUCUCGCUGCGCCGCUACGCCCCCCCGUCGUACCGCUACCACUCGCCGCGCUCGCCCGCCGCGCUCAAGAGCGCUGUGCUCCACUCGGAGCGCCUGCAGGACUUCAUACGGCAGGAGGCUCACGAGAGCGGGGAGCCCGUGGAGGUGAUCACGGAGCGAGCGAGCGACAUCCUGGAGGAGAUGGGACACAACCAGCGCAUGUGCAUCAUCCGCACGUUCGCGCUCACCCUCAGCAAGACCUUCAAGGCGCUGUUUCGCAGCGUGCGGCUUAACGAGGAAGGGCUGCAACGGAUACAGAAGGCUGUGCAGGAGUACCCAAUCGUGCUGCUGCCAAGCCACCGCAGCUACAUCGACUUCCUCAUGAUGUCCUACAUCUUCUACACCUACGAUCUGCCACUGCCGGUGAUCGCCGCCGGCAUGGACUUUCAAGGGAUGAAGAUCGUGGGCGAGAUGCUGCGAAUGGCCGGCGCCUUCUUCAUGCGUCGCUCGUUUGGCAACAAUGCACUGUACUGGCUUGUGUUUAGCGAGUACGUGCAAGCCGUGCUGCGGAACGGAGAUGCCCCUGUAGAGUUCUUUCUGGAAGGAACUCGCAGUCGCACAAACAAGUCUCUCCCGCCCAAGCUGGGCCUGCUGAACAUGGCGCUGGAGCCCAUGCUGCGCGGAGAGGUGUACGACACGUACGCCGUGGCCGUGAGCAUCAGCUACGACCGGCUGCUGGAGGAGGCCCUUUACGCGCGCGAGCUCCUCGGGGUUCCCAAGCCCAAGGAGUCCACGUCGGGUUUGCUGAAGGCCCGCUCGGUGCUCAGCGAGGACUAUGGCAGCGUCCACCUCUACUUCCACACUCCCGUUUCACUCAAGGCCCUGGCCAAUGGCCGCGUCGACUCCAAGAGCUACAACUUGACGCCCAGACACUUGUCCCUACGUCCGCCGGAGAGCACGCUGGUGUUUGCGCGCGACAUUGCUCACCAUAUGGUGCGCACACAGCAGCACGGCAUGGUGGCCAGCCCCUGGGCCCUCAUCGCCAGCGUCCUUAUGCAGCAUCACGGUGAAAUGGAGUUCUCUCUACUCUUGGCUGAGGUCCAGUGGCUCCGGUGCCUCAUCGAGAAGUUUGGUGCCUUUUUGCACUGGCCAGAGGGACAGCCGCUGGAGGCGGUGGUGCGGGAUAGCGUGAAGCUGCACGGGAACAUCGCGAGCACGCUGCGUCGCGGCGACGACGGUGACGACGACGCCCGUGCAGGGUCGGAGGUCGUGCGGAUGGCGUGGCCGUGCCAGGCGCCGCCCCGUGACGGUGACGCGGCGCUGGCGCGCGCAUGCGUGGCACUCAUGUGCUCCGCCUACCGCAACCACGUGCUCCACCUGCUCGUGCGCCCGGCCUUCGUUGUCAUGGCCUGCCACGCGGCACCCGGCGGGAGAAAAGACAUCGUCUACUCCCAUUUCUGCUUCUUGGUGAAGCUGUUUGAGGACGACUUCAUCUUCGUGCCGAACAACGAGAUCAAGGACAUGGAGGAGGGGGUGGCGCUGCUGCUGCGCUGUGCGGCGCUGGUGGACUCGGCCGGCUCCCUGGCGCUUGCCGACACGGACGCGGGCGCCAGGGUGGCGCGGUUCCUGCGCGACGCCUUCCGCCCAUUCCACGUCGCAUACCAGGUGGUGUGCCGGUACCUGCUGACGCUGGAGAGCGGCAGCGCGCACGCGGAGGGCCGGCUGCUCGCCGACCUCCAGAACCACACCAUGCAGCUCAUCCUCACAGGUGAACUCUUGGAGUACGAGGCUCUGUCCAGCAACUUGCAGAGGAACAUCCUGUCGGCCCUGGUUCGACUGAAGGCUCUGAGCAGGACGAGAGGGAAAGAAGGGGUGCGGUACAAUAUUACCGAGCAGAUGGAAAGAGUGGCCAAAUCGAUAGCGACCUUACAACCUACUCGCAGCCAAUUGCAGCCACGCCUCUGAAGACUGUCAAUGAUCGUCUCGCAGAAAGAAAGCCCUAUACGCACAAAUGAAGAGCUUCUGCUUGGCACAGUGUUGAGCACUGAGGGGCGUUCAUGCGCAUUUUGCUUGCCAUAGUGGUGGUUGUGGAGGUGGUGGCUGUGUUGACGGUGGUGGCGGGACUGAUGGUGGUAUCGGUGGUGAUUAGUGGUGGUAGGCCGCAGUCGAGCUGGCUUUGUGCUCUCACCUCUUGAGCCGCUGGGGCCAUCUCACACGAACUCUGGUGCUGCUGCUGGUGGUUUUAUUUUGGGGUGAACGAUAACGGUGAGGAUUGUUGCGCAGUUAAUAUCACUGGGUGCCUUGCACAUUUCCAUCGGCCUAAGAAGCUGAAUUAGUCCUCUCUAGGCUGGGUAGGAACGACUCAGUACGGGAGCAGUAACUUGUGCCCAUCUGACAGAUGCUUGUGUCGUAACCCUCUGGUCUAUGAAAUGAAAAUAUCAUGACACAAGUAGCAAUUGAUUGGCCCAAGGGCAACACGGAGAUGUCUAAUGGUGAUUAUUAGAAAUGUGGAAAUUCGCCGAUUAAAUCACCGGUGAGGUGGCCGGGUGGCUCAGGAAACGGAGAAACCCGCUGAGAAUCCUGGUUUUAAUUCUGGGAUUCAGCCACCCGUGAUAAAACCGGUUCAAGUGUAACAAGUUAAUUACUGAUUUAAAGCUUUCGUGACUGCAGUAAUUCAUAUUCUUAGCUCUUUCGGUAAAGUCACGUUGAAGGGAAACAAUAAAAUAUAUAUACAACUAUAUAUUUUAUUAUUUUAUUGCUUCCCUUCAACGUGACUUUACCGAAAGAGCUAAGAAUAUAAGUUAAUUACUCUAGACUCAUAACCACUCUCGAUUGCACAUGCACUAAAAGGGACAAGUAAUUUGUAAGUUACAUUGUGACCCUGAAUGGUGACAAUUAAUCGAGCUGUUGCAUCGAAAGUCACCGCGUCGUCGGCGGUUUUUAUGCUGCCAUGUCGAAGCUUUUUUGUUCAAGUACGCUCAUCCUGCUUCUUUGUUUUGAUCGUGACUGACGGGCAAACAAAUUGACACGCUCCAACAGUUACUUGUGUGCACAUCUUAUAAUGCUAUGCUGCUAUGUCGUUAACACUUCGCUGACGGUUUCAGAACUCUUUUCCCCUCAGGGGGGGGGGGGGGGGGGGUGAGGGCUCGGAAGGGAUGUUUUUUGCUAAAUGUUGCAAAUGUAAAUUGUCCGUCUGAUACAGAGCUUGAAAGAAAAAAAAUCUGUUUUUGAUUCAUGUUAAAUGCUUGAGUGUGUACUUUGGCCUGUAAGAUGGAUAUUUUAAUUCGGUACAGCGGAUUUUUGCUAUAAAGAUGCCCUUUCAAACCA